UCGAACGGUGCCUCGAUCGACACCGAUUCUCGGCAUUUACCGCAUCUAUCGGCUGCACAUCCAAUAUAAGACGUGUGUUCUACGACUGUUUCCCGAUACGUCGAACAUGAUAUAGUGAGGGAGGUACAAUAUUUCGGAUCACUAGUCUUCGCAAAAGUACUUCGUCACUCUUUGAGGAAUAUCCACACCUACAUACGUUCUCUCGCUCUUUCUCCCGCCCCCUACUCUUUCAACGUUUUGAAAGCCACACAAUGGAAACCACCCUCACACACCGGCCAUGGGAGCCUGCCACAACGGGACCGCAGGGUAUCCCAACCACUCAGACCCUGCCUUCGAUCUCAACAUUGACAGCGAGCAUGACGGGUAUUCCGACGCAGGCGGAGAAGUCGCCUGGAAAUGCCUCGUUAAACACAAUCGAGCGAGAUUCAGGGAACUGGUCUAUGCCUCAGAGUACAAGAUCUUCAACCUAUUCCACCGCGACAAACGGCACCGGAAACUACCCCUCUCUUUCAUUCCUCACAUCCUCACAACCGUCCCCAAAUCGCGUCUCGCUUGUCUCCGACCGAUCUCCAUACCCCAAUGACCUUUCCAGUACCACUACCCCUUCUUCAGCCGGAGCUCAGCCAUCCCCCAAUUUCGGUCACGCUCAACCCCCGACGACACUACCUUCCAUAAACCAAAACUACGAUGCGCCUUCCCAAAGAGCCAGCAUCGCGGAACCGGCAGAGUCGCGACGGAGCAGCGUGGAUAGCAGAAUGAAUCAGGGAAUCAGCUCUCUCGCCAUCAACCCGGCUUCCCCAUACCACAGCACGAACGCCUCGCAGUCAUCAAUCGUUUCUGGCCUGCAACGGGAACGUGGGAUUUCGAUGGAUGUGAAUAUGAACAACACCUACCGGGGUCCUCGCUAUUCUGCCGGACAGCCUCUUUCUCCACUUGGCCCAAGAGCUGGCGAGCAUCGUAGCUUUGCGGCUGGCCGCACUGCACCUGCAAUUUCGUCGAAUCCUCGGUCAGAAAUCUACAAUGCGGAGGCGCCCACCGCGGGUCUCGCGUAUGCCUUCCCAGAUCCAGAUGUCGCCCGGUCGAAUUCCGUCUCGUCUACCGCCGACAAACCUCUUAACGGCCAUCAGUUCACACGGAAAGGAAGCACGGCAGAGUCUCUGGCCAGCAGUGUGUAUUCCGAUGCACGCCUACCCCGUGGACAGCAUGCAGAACUUCCUCAAAAUGUACAUCACCAUACACUUCAGCAUAAACAAGUCCGGGGUUUGAUUGGCGAGGCGGAGGCGCAUGGCGGCAGCACUCCCUACAGCCGCACUCCAGAAUUGCGCGUCACCCACAAGCUAGCUGAGCGGAAGCGCCGGAGCGAGAUGAAAGAUUGUUUUGAGGCCCUACGCGUCCGUCUUCCGCAGAGUCAGAACAACAAAUCUAGCAAAUGGGAGACUCUCACUAGAGCGAUCGAGUACAUUAGCCAUCUGGAAAAAAUGCUCAACAACGCUCGCCGCGACAACGACGUUCUGAGGAGUGAGGUUGAUGAAUUACGCGCGCAGCUAAACCAGCAGCAGGCCAAUGGACAGUCGCGCCAGGCGUCAAUAUUCGAGCAUCACACCAUCUCAGCUCCGCAGACGAACGGUCAGGUACACGGUCCGAUCUACCCCAGCUACGCCCAAGGCUCUGCCAUGGCGCAAGAGCAGCCUCGGACAUUGCCCCCACUCAUGAAUGGGUCUGUUGCUCCUAUGCAGGGCGUACAGUACACCGAUGAUCGACGGUAGCUUGAAAAAAAAUCAUAGCGCACCGAAAUACACCUAUUGAUGGAAGUCUUGCUCUGAAUGCAUUGGUGAUGAAACCUCGGCGACCGCACCCUUUUUGAUUUUGCUUUGCAAAGGAGAGUCUUGAGCGGCUUUCCUUGUUCUGUGAAAAUUC